AUGGCGGACGGAGUGCAGUCUAGGCUGGAUGGUGGUGCAAGUGUGGAGUAUGUGCCUAUGCUAUUGGUGCAGGACAAUGCCAUUGAGCGCUUUAGAAGAGCCUGCAAGAUUUUUAGUGUUGAGCCUGAGCUUUGGCGCAUAUGGGAUUUUUCAGGAAAGAUAACUCUAUAUUUCUUGAGUGACAAAAGUAAGCUUGCACAAGAGACUCAAAGGCAAUCAGAACAGGAAAUUCUCUUGGAGUUGCAAGUUUAUGGAUUGUCAGAUUUCUCUAGGAGCAGAGAUUUGAAGAAAGAUGAUUUGACUGGGCUUCUCUCUAACGGGACAUCCCUUAUGAUGAAUGGUGGUGGUGCUAAUAUGAACUCCAGUGAGGCUGGCUCACUGGGGUUGACAGGAUUACAAAACCUUGGGAAUACUUGUUUCAUGAGUAGCGCCCUUCAGUGCUUGGCGCAUACGCCAAAGUUUGUAGAUUACUUUCUUGGAGAUUACAAUGCAGAAAUAAAUCAUGACAAUCCAUUAGGCAUGGACGGUGAGAUUGCUUUAGCUUUUGGAGAUUUAUUACGGAAGUUGUGGGCUCCUGGAGCAACUCCAGUAGCACCAAGAAUGUUCAAGUCAAAACUAGCUCGUUUUGCACCUCAGUUCAGUGGUUUUAAUCAACAUGAUUCUCAAGAACUUCUUGCCUUUUUAUUGGAUGGGUUGCAUGAAGAUUUAAAUCGUGUAAAAUGCAAACCGUAUGUAGAGGUAAAAGAUGGGGAUGGCCGGCCUGAUGAAGAAAUAGCUGAUGAAUACUGGCGGAAUCAUCUGGCUCGCAAUGACUCAAUUAUUGUUGAGUUAUAUCAAGGACAAUAUAGGUCAACAUUAGUGUGUCCUGUUUGUCGGAAAGUGUCCAUUACUUUUGAUCCAUUCAUGUACCUUUCGUUGCCUUUGCCAUCAACAUCAAUGCGGACAAUGACUUUGACUGUCAUGAGCACCGACGGAAAUACUCCACCAUCUUCAUUUACUGUUAGCAUACCCAAGAAUGGGAAAUUUGAAGAUCUUAUUCAGGCUUUAAGUAUUGCUUGUUCUUUAGGGGUUGAUGAGACCUUCUUGGUGGCUGAGAUAUACAAUAAUCGCAUCAUACGGUAUCUUGGGGAGCCUAGUGAUUCAUUAUCUUUAAUUAGAGAUGAUGACCGGCUGGUUGCUUACCGCUUACCUAAGGGCGCAGAGGAUAUCCCUAUUAUUGUGUUUAUGCAUCAGCAUGCUGAAGAGUAA